UUAAUUCAUAGAAUUGGGUCUCCACAUGUGAUGUAUUUGAAGUGUUUGGUGAAACGUACAUAACCUCCUGAUGCUUGUCUAGUACCAGAGAUUCACCAUGAUUCUUCAGAGGAUCUUCAGGCUCUCCUCUGUCCUUCGGUCGGCAGUCUCUGUGCAUUUGAGGAGGAACAUUGGGGUUACAGCAGUGGCAUUUAAUAAGGAACUUGAUCCCAUUCAGAAACUCUUCGUGGACAAGAUAAGAGAGUACAAAUCAAAGCGACAAACAUCUGGAGGACCUGUUGAUACUGGCCCUGAGUAUCACCAAGAGCUGGAGAGAGAGCUUUUUAAGCUUAAACAGAUGUUUGGUAAAGGAGACAUGGAUACGUUCCCUACCUUCAAAUUUGAAGAUCCCAAAUUUGAAGUCUUCGAUAAACCCCAGUCCUGAAGAAUGUUAUAAAAUUCAUCGGGUAAUUUGUCAUGAAUUAGUUGUACAACUAACUUAAAAAAUUCAAAUAAACAUUUAUUUCACAGUUA